CCACAGGCAUCCUCACACUAUAGCAGCUUAGCUAGCCUCGUGCGGGAACGUGUCAAAAGAAGCCGAGACACCCCGCGGCGCAGGAGGCGCCGGGGCACUCUCAGGCGGCCGACAUGGAUUCCGGCGCAGGAACCUCAAGCAAGAGCCCAGAUCCACCUCGAACCGUUCGCCUCUCUCGCGGUCGCGGCGUAGCGUCAUCACGGCCGUCGGCGGCGGCCGCGCAGGCAAGGUGUUCGACGGAAUGCCUCCCGGCUCCUGAGCCGCCACAGUUCGACGGGGGCGGCGAACCACAGCACCGGUCGUGGGCGGACCUCCCGUCAGACAUCCUGGGCGUCGUGGCCGGCCGCCUCCCUCUCGCCGAGGAGCGCGCCAGGCUGCGCUCCGUCUGCCUCGCGUGGCGCGCUGCGGCGCUCCUCCACCGGCCGCCGCCGCCGCCGCCGCUCCCACUGCUCGUGCUGUCCAACUUCUCGUUCUCCGGCUUCUGCCCCGACGGGGCCAUGACGGGCGAACGGCGCAUCCCUCUACCCGCGGGGGAGCUGGCGGCCUACGACGUCCGUUGCGUGGGCUCGUUCGAAGGGUGGCUCGUCGGGGUGAAGCUCAACAAAGGUCGCUACUUUGGUGAUGGCCGGUGCUUCUUGAUGAAUGCUUUCUCCGGGGAUGUUGUUCGUCUCCCGCCUCCUUCCGCUGCUACCCAUUUCGUCGAUGCCUACAGUAGAUCUCUCCCCAUCAUCAAUGGCUCUGGUGUCGUGCAUUGUACAGUCAAUGCCGCGCAGUAUGUGAUGUCCUUCUGCAAGGUGGUCUUGUCCUCUUCACCUGACUCUGGUUCCAAGUGCGUUGUCGCUGCCAUCUCCGUGCACAGGAGUACAGCCCAGCUUGCUCUCUGGCGGCCUGGUAUGACGUCGUGGUGUGUCUGCCAUGGUGGCUGCAUCAGUAAGUUCAGUGAUAUUGCCUUCUACCAGGGGAAGUUCUACAUGUUCAGCAAGCUCACCACAAACCUCUUUGUCUUUGAGAUCUCGGAAGACGACAGUGGCCUGAUGGUUUCUCAUGUUGAACGUUGUGUGACCAAACUACCUGAGGUCAAGGAUAGCUAUGGACAGAGGUGGAACAUAGUAGAGUGGCAUGAGAAAUUGUUGCUGGUUGUGACAUACUUAGGUGGUGCUAAAGGCUGGCACAACAUUUGUAAGAUUGGGGUAUUUGAGGUGGAUUUGAGCACAAACCCUUUCAGAUUCACUGAGAUCAACAGCUUGGAUGGCAACUGUAUUUUCAUCAGCCCAUGCAGCAGCAAGUCAUUCCGUGCGUAUCAGUAUGAUGAAGUCGAAGAUGAUCUUAUUUACUUCUUUGAUGGUGGCCUCUACACUUCUAAAAAUGCACCCCCUUUUGAUAAAUUUGUGUACAACAUGAGAGAUGGUACAAUGGUGCCAUUUGCUGCAGAAAUAUCAGAGGGCAACCUUCGGGCACCAGAUGGCAGGCUAAUGAAUCCAACAUGGCUCUUCCCUUCUGAAUGAAUUGCUGCAGAUCAACUCUGAUCCUGAUGAGUCUGAAUGAAUCGGAAGCGUGGAUGCUGCUUGGUGUGAGGCACCAUGCUGUUUUAUUUAUAACUGAAAAACAAUUGUAUGUUGUUGUUUGAUGUAUAAUUCCGAUUAUGCUUGUCUGACAUUAACUGUUUUUAGCUGUAAACUUAUGUGUACUUUAUUAUUUUAAAGUUACUAUGUGGAUUGUUAGUAGCUC